AAACGCUUCGAAGCAUCCAAAGCGUCUUCCCGACUGCCGAAUGCGAUCAUGGACGCCUGACGCCCACCAAACAUCCGAUUAUUCCUUAAUGGCGUUGUCAACGAGAACGGCGAAUAUGUUUCAGAGGUCUACGAGAAUGACUAAGCAUAUUUCUUGGGAAAGCGCAAAAGACGAGAGAAUUUCGUUUUCGAGAUUAUUUUAUUUCCGAACGUGAAAAACUACCGAAUCGGAAAUUACCAUGGAUGGAAAACGAUCGAUAAAAAUGGAUCCAUUGUCGCCUGGGCCAUGUUUGGAUAUUAGCGACGAUGAACUUGUUACGAUAUCGGUACGAGAUUUAAACAGGCAAUUAAAAUUACGCGGACUAUCUAGAGAGGAAAUUGUGCGUAUGAAACAGCGAAGGCGUACACUAAAGAAUAGAGGAUAUGCAGCAAGCUGUCGUAUAAAACGUAUCGAACAGAAAGAUGAAUUAGAAUCUGAAAAAACUCAAGAAUAUCGAGAUAUGGAAGCUAUGCAAGAGGAUAAUAAUCGUAUGAGAGAGGAGAUAGAGUCUUGGCAUUCAAAAUAUCAAGCGCUCAAGAAAUUUGCUCAAGAUAAGAAAAUUAUUAUUCCACCAGACUUGGAAACCAUGUAAAACUUAAAUGUUAUCGGUUAACUUUAUUAUUAAAAUUAGACUCGAUAAUGGACGUUGUUGUAUACAUGUAUGUUAAUUUCUAUUAAUUUUAAAAACUUUUAUUUAUGAAAAAGGAGGCUUUAGCACAUGUAAUUUUCAAUUUACUUAUUCAUUCGUUCAUUCAUUCAUAGAAAUAACGAGACAUGCAUAUUUUUCUUUGUAUAAAUACAAGAGAAUGUUUCUUUAUAC